AUGGCUUCUUCUAGUCAAAGUAUAGAAAGUUUCAACAUUCGUGUAAAAAGAUGUUCUCACUGUGACAAGUCCAAAAUUAUUGAUGAUUUUAUUCAGCAAAGCAAAGAGAGUCUAAAGGAAUUUUCUCAUUGUAAUACCUGUGCAAAUAAAAAUAAAGGAAAAUCAGUAAAUGUUGAAAGCAAAGAAACCAUGUAUUCGGAAAGUCUAAGCCUGGCUAAUAUUAUUGAUGAUAAUGAAGAAGAAAUAAUUGCUAGUGAUGAUGAAGCUUUAUAUGAUUUAGUAAAUCUAGAAAGUAUAAUUGCAAGUUGUUUUGUUGACGUUGAAGAAGUGCACUUUUCAGGAACUUUUAGAUUGGAAGAUGAAUUA